AUGCUUCUCGCGCUUCGGAUCUGGCUCGGUGAGCACCUUUUUGGAAUCAUCGGAAACCCCAGUUUCCCGGCUGGAUAUCGCAUCAGCCCGAAGCGUGUUGUCAAAUGGCCCUGCGAUGAGCCCGAAGUGGAGGGUCAUCAGUUUGUCAUCACAAAUACGGAUUUGCCUGUUCCACGUAUCUACCGAACGCACAAAUGGCGAGGUCAUCUCGCCAUCGAAAUGGAAUUCCUACCGCGUUGCACGACGCUCAAGCAGUGCUGGCAUGAACUUUCGGAGAGGCAACGAGAGCAGAUCGCAGACCAAUUGAGUGGAUACAUCCAACAGCUUCGAUCACUCGAGCCACCGCCGGCGCGGAGCGGCAGGGUCUCAGCCACGAACGGUGGAGCUUGUCGCGACAUUCGCGUAGGCUCGGUGGAGUCGUUUGGUCCAUUCGAGAACGUUUCCGCAUUCCAUUGCUGCUUGCGCGGCGGCGUCGAGCCAGAUGCCGCGCAGGAGAUCUUUGGCGAGAAAGUUGCCGAUGUUCAUCGUCGUCCUUAUGGCAUCCGCUUCACCCAUGGUGAUCUGGGUGUACAGAACAUUCUCAUCCGUGACGGACAAAUAGUGGCCAUUGUUGAUUGGGAAUGCUCAGGAUGGUACCCGGAAUAUUGGGAAUAUACAAAGGCUCACUACAACAGUGUUCUGCUACCGGAAAUUCUACGAAGUGCUCCGUCAGCGCAUUCCGCGAUACGAUGA